CGGGGUCGCGGGUCGCUGCCCCCGGCGGCGCCUCCCUCUGCAGCCCGGCGGCGCCGACCGGCGGGGAGCGGGGAACAUGGCGGACCUGGAGGCGGUGCUGGCCGAUGUCAGCUACCUGAUGGCGAUGGAGAAGAGCAAGAGCACCCCGGCGGCGCGGGCCAGCAAGAAGAUCAGCCUGCCGGAGCCCAGUAUCCGCAGUGUGAUGCAGAAGUAUCUUGAGGAGAGAGGUGAAUUAACCUUUGACAAGAUUUUCAAUCAGAAGAUUGGAUUUUUGCUUUUUAAAGAUUAUUGUAUGAAUGAAAUCGAUGAAGGUGUCCCUCAGCUGAAAUUUUAUGAAGAGAUAAAAGAAUAUGAAAAACUGGAUUCUGAGGAGGAACGUCUUAGCAGAAGUCGGCAGAUUUAUGACACAUACAUAAUGAAAGAGCUGCUGUCUUGCUCACAUCCAUUCUCAAAGAAAGCUGUAGAUCAUGUACAAACACACCUUGCCAAGAAACAAGUGCCACCAGGUCUUUUUCAGCCAUACAUAGAAGAAAUUUGUGAUAGUCUCCGAGGAAAAAUAUUUCAAAACUUUAUGGAAAGUGACAAGUUUACUAGAUUUUGUCAAUGGAAAAAUGUAGAACUAAAUAUUCAUCUGACCAUGAAUGACUUUAGUGUACACAGAAUAAUUGGGCGAGGGGGAUUUGGUGAAGUAUAUGGUUGCAGAAAAGCAGACACUGGAAAAAUGUAUGCAAUGAAAUGUUUAGAUAAGAAGAGGAUCAAGAUGAAGCAAGGAGAAACAUUAGCCUUAAAUGAAAGAAUUAUGCUGUCGCUAGUCAGUACUGGAGACUGCCCUUUUAUAGUGUGUAUGACCUAUGCCUUCCACACCCCUGACAAACUCUGCUUCAUCCUGGACCUGAUGAAUGGAGGAGAUUUGCACUACCAUCUCUCACAGCACGGGGUGUUUUCUGAGAAGGAGAUGAGGUUUUAUGCUACUGAAAUCAUCCUUGGCUUAGAACACAUGCACAAUCGAUUUGUUGUAUACAGAGACUUGAAGCCUGCAAACAUCCUGUUGGAUGAGCACGGACACGUAAGGAUAUCAGACCUUGGUCUUGCUUGUGAUUUUUCCAAAAAGAAACCACAUGCUAGUGUUGGUACCCACGGAUACAUGGCUCCCGAGGUGCUCCAGAAAGGAACAGCAUACGAUAGCAGCGCAGACUGGUUCUCUUUAGGCUGUAUGCUUUUCAAACUUCUGAGAGGUCACAGUCCUUUCAGACAGCACAAAACCAAAGAUAAGCAUGAGAUCGACCGGAUGACGCUCACCGUGAAUGUGGAGUUACCAGAUUCAUUUUCCCCUGAACUAAAGUCCCUUUUGGAAGGGCUUCUGCAACGUGAUGUUAGCAAGAGGCUUGGCUGUCAGGGUAGCAGCGCGCAAGAAAUAAAAGAGCAUCAUUUUUUCAAAGGGAUUGACUGGCAGCAAGUCUACUUACAAAAGUAUCCUCCUCCACUAAUUCCUCCCCGGGGAGAAGUAAAUGCAGCAGAUGCUUUUGAUAUUGGCUCCUUCGAUGAAGAGGACACUAAAGGCAUUAAGUUGGUUGAUAGUGACCAAGAAUUGUAUAAGAACUUCCCCCUGGUAAUAUCGGAGCGUUGGCAGCAAGAAGUAGCAGAAACUGUUUAUGAUGCAGUAAAUGCAGACACGGAUAAAAUUGAGGCCAGGAAGAGGGCUAAAAAUAAACAACUUGGCCAUGAGGAAGAUUAUGCACUAGGGAAGGACUGCAUUAUGCAUGGGUACAUGUUGAAAUUGGGGAACCCAUUCUUGACUCAGUGGCAACGUCGUUACUUUUACCUCUUUCCAAACCGACUUGAAUGGCGAGGAGAAGGAGAAUCACGGCAAAAUCUACUGACAAUGGAACAGAUAGUCUCAGUGGAAGAAACUCAGAUUAAAGAUAAGAAAUGCAUCUUGCUGAGAAUUAAAGGAGGAAAACAAUUUGUCCUGCAGUGUGAGAGUGACCCAGAGUUUGUUCAGUGGAAAAAAGAGCUGACAGAAACCUUUACUGAGGCACAGAGGCUGCUGCGUCGCGCUCCAAAGUUUCUCAAUAAAUCUCGCUCAACAGUUGUAGAGCUUUCAAAGCCACCACUCAGCCAUAGGAAUAGCAAUGGGCUGUAGAAGAGAUGAGAGAACAAAGGUCACUUAGGGAAAGCGACUCUGUCACCAUGUAUGAGGGCCACAGCAUCAUUAGUUACUUGUACAAUCCCUGAACCAGGAAGUACUUAGAAGAUGACGCCUUGGAUGUUUACAGCAUGGGCUGAUGACAGGACUCUACAUCUGGAGGUUGUGAAGACUAAAGCAAUGACAAGGUGAAUGCUCACUAAUAGCAGUAGUGAAAGUUGCCAAAUGUAGAGGCUGCUUAUCGUUCCCAUGCAUCAUCACACCCUGGUGGUGUUCGAAUGGUCUGUUAUCCUAGAACUAUUGAAGGAAGGAAGAUAAUCUUUUCUUUGCAAUACCCUUGUUUUGGUAUGUACCAAACCUGGAAACUGAAAUGGUUACUACUCUUUAUCAUUUACAUGUUGAUGUCUGUUAUUGACAUAUCCCAGACUUUGGAAGGAACUGCAAAUUUGUCAUGUGGGAUAACAGGUAAUCCUAUAUGUUGCCUUGUUCUUUCCAGCCAUCACUAUUGACUUUAAUAGAUCCUUGCUCCAUACUGCUGGUGAUCAACAGUGUGACUCUUAUGCACUUCAAAAUACUGAUUUCUAACUGUCCUGUGGUUUGAAUGUUGUUGAUACUUCAUGGAAACAUUGAACUCAGAUUAUUCACUUGGUUUGUUGUACUCACUAAUAGUAGCUACCACCGUUUUGUUUCUUCUACGUAUAUACAAAACUAUAACUGACACAACAGAGUAAUAAUUGGUGAAGAGGAAUAUAUGGUAGCUUCAUCUAGUGGUCUGUUGUAAAAAUUGAUUAUUUUAGCACAGUUUUUAAACAGCAGAUUCCUUUUGACAAGUUUACAGUGAAUACAAAACAGUUCUUUUCCAUGUCAGCUCAACUGCACUUUUUAAAAAUUAAAGAAUUCUGUAAAUCCAGUGCGUACUAGUGCACAUACGGGAUUAAAAUGUAUGGAUAACUUGGUAUGUAUUCUUCUGGAUCGCUCUUAAGUGGUUGGACUCAUAGACCCUUCUCUCUCUCUCUCUCUCUCUCUCAAAGUAAUGUGUAGCAUAGUUAUCCCAGACCUUCAUCAUAGCCAAGCACUUAAUAGUCACAUGCACAUCAGAUUGCAGGAAUUUCAAAAAGAAGUCCAAAUUUCCUUUUAUAGAGAAUUCAGACAUUCACACUGAAAACAGUCUGAGAAUAUUGAGGAUGAAAAUGACAAAAAUAAGACGAUUAUAUGCCAAAUAUAUGUAAAUUCUCCUUAUGUCAUCAUUCAUAUGUCACAUGUAAGGUGAUAUUUUAGGGAAGUAAAAAUAUAGUAUAUAAUCUUUGGACAACUUUGAACAUUUCAGGGCAAUUUCUACCCUGUUAUGCAUACUAUGAGUCUCAUUGAAUCUAAUGGGUUUGCAAGAGGUGCAAGUCAGAGGAGAAUUUGAGCCUUCAUCUAAUUCUGUAUGACAUUGUUUAUUGCGGGUCACAUUCUGCUGAGUUACAUGGGUAUAACUCUCAUAGAAGUCAACAGACUUGCGCCUGUGUAAAUGGGAGCAGAAUUGCCCAUCCCUUCUGACCAGUUCAUUUCUAGCUUGUCUGGCUAACAGUCAACCGCAGAACUUCAGAAUGGUUUCACGGACAGCAAAGUAUAAAGUGCCAAAACACUCCAAAAUCCUUUUUUUUUUUUUUUUAAAUUCAUCUAUUUAUCCUCAGCUCCUAUUUAUCCUCCACAUUCUUGUGAAAUUGGAUGUAUGAGCUACUAAAAAUGGGAUGGCUUAAUAAAUCUGACAACAAUGCCAACCAUUUUUCUUCUAUCUUGUUAUAGUGUGAGAAAAAAAUUGAAUUUUAAAAAAUAUUUUAUGCUUGGCAAGUGGUAAUUUUAAAAGGAUAUUUACACAUUUGUUUUCUUGGAUUACUUUUUAAAAUGAGCAUGGAGUUCCAUCUUCAUCUACUGAAAAGUAAUGUUUGAAGUCCUGGUAUAUUUCUAUGAGCAGUAACUGUGGUCUUUUCCUAAACUCAUGCCACUGUGGAGUGGCAGAUUUUUAAUGUAAUCCACUGUACACUGGAUAUUUUUGAAUUGUUUUCCUAGAAUACCACACACGCACCUAUUCUGAUUUGUGUUUUGAAUAAAAAGAAAGCUCAAUCUAUGAUAAAACCACAUUAAAAAACCCCUCAUAUCAUCUCUUACUCCAUUCGUGUUUUAUUAGUUCAAGGUCAAUUUGAUCAGUUCCAUUUGUUCUCUUUUAAUUAUUUCCAGUAGCUGAAAUUUUCUGUCAUCAUAUCCUUUGGGAACAUUUGUGGAUCUAUGGUAAUGAUUCUGAUAUUUUCAUCAUAUUAAAUUCUAAAAUGCUAUUUUCUGUAGAUAAAAGGAAGAUAUAUCUGAAGCUAAAAAUGUGUGCCUCUAAAACAUUCAUUUCUUUGAAUCAAAGCUAUGUAAUAACUUGUGGAAGAUAUGUUUAUUUUAAAAAUUAAAUUACAAAAUAGAGUUGGUUUGACACUUGAAUAUACUGUAGCUUUUUACAUUAUCACCUCAUUUUUGUAAGCUGUUUAAAGUUAUCUGGAUUUUGAUUUUUAAAAUGGCAGCUAAAAUCAUCUGUCAUUUAAUAUUCACUGCAUUCCCUUUGAUAAUUGCUUAUAGGAGUCAAAUAUUAAUAUAAAUAUAUCAUUAUUUAUUUUCCUCCAGUUUUAUUUUUCCCCAGAAUAUUAACAUGAAUUGUUGAAGCUUUGUAGAAGUUGAGUAUUUUGCACCAUUCCACUGUCUCAGUCAGUAACUUCACAUUUCUGAAAGAACAGUUAUCUUAACAAAACCCCCAUACUUGUAUUCACGGUAAAGUAUUUUAUCACUAAUAAAUGAAGGUUUUGCUUGGAAAACUCAGAAUUAGAUUUUAUACUGUCAGGAGAGAUUUAAAAUUUAAGAAUUCUGAAGUCAGAGAUUUGUUGUUGUUCUUAACCAAUUGUUGCUAUUUUAGAUAUCAAAUUCUAUAAUGUCUUUAUGGGACAAACAAAAUUGUUUUUUCACGAAGAUCUUUAAAGAAUAUAAAUAUGUUGUAAAACUUGUUAAAAAUUGAAAAUGUGAGAUAAGACUUGGUUUUGUCUUUUAGACAUCCGAACCCCCUUUGUACGCUCAGUGUGCUUAUAAAAUGUUCAGGGAACUAAAAAUUAAAAGAAAAAGCUGCUUGCGUCAACAAAACUAAAUUAAACAUUAAAUGCGGCUUUUCAAUAUGUUGCUAUCUGCAAGGCUGUAAAUGUUUAUUCAGCUCUAGUGUAGGCUUUUAUUUUAUUCAUUUGUGGGUAACUUUUUCCUUUUCAUUUUAGAGCAAAAUAUAUUCCAGACAAUGUCAGAUUGGCCCUCCUACACCUUGGGUGUUGCUGGGAUAUAUCUCAAUAAUUCUUUAUAUUAGUUCUUCUGACAGAUGAGCUGAUGAGUUUCUGAAGGCCCUAAUCCUACAGAGACUGGUUUAUGUGCAUCAGUGUAAUCAAGCCCAUGAGUAGUGUGAUUGAGACUGUUCACAUGAUUAAAGUUAAGCAUGUGUGUAAGCUUUUAAAGGCUUAGGGCCUAACAGGCUUCAGAAUUGUCCUGGAAAGACAUGGGGCUCACCCUCCAUUCUUGGCUUACUACAGUUCCCCUAGUGAAGAAAGACCAUGGCAGUUUGAGUGUGCAAGGAAUAAGUUAGACCUUCCCAUUUACUGUUGUGAAUUAGGGCCCCAAUUUGGGACAGCACUUUAGCAGGUGUGUAAGUCACAUUGACUUUUGUGCUUUAACCGCUCUCCUGAAUUGGGAUGCUUUCCUGAAUCAGGACCUAAAUCUGGGAUAAGCAAAACAUCCUUCAUUUAUACUGAAAAACAGAAGUAUAACGGUGGAACUGUUCAGAAAUGGGUUUUUUCCAUUAGUUGGGAGAUGCUGUGCAGCAUUUCAGUGAACACUCUGUAAAAUGGCCCAAGGCCUCCUGGUGUUUAAGCUAGAAAUUAGGGGCAAUUUAUUGUUCAAAUCUAUUAUGUACUUGAAUACGAGCUUGCAAAACCGUAGAUGAACAUUUAUAGUGCUGUUAAUUUCUUUACCGAGAUAUAGGUCAUCCUUGUAGUUUAAGUAUCAUUGUUUAAAUGCUUCUUCAGAAAAGUUAUGCUUUAGCUUCAUUUCAUUAUCAUGCUAGUCCAGCUAGAUUUAAGGCUAAAAUCUAAUAUUUUUAAUAAUACUUUUCGGAGAUGAGCUUAUUUAUCAUCAUAAAUACAUGAGUGUACUGAGUGUUCAUUUGGGGCUUACUCCAACGCCUCUUGAAGUCAGUGGGCAUUAGAUCUGUCAGCUCUUAGAAUGGAGAGAGAUAAAUAGUGGUGUCCCCCCAGGAAUCUGUACUGGGACCAGUGCUGUUCAAUGUAUUCUUAAAUGAUCCGAAAGAGAGGGUAAACCAUCCGGUAGCAAAAUUUGUAUACAAUAAAAAAUUACUCAAGAUAGUUAUGUCCAAAGCAGACUGCAAAGAGUUACAAAGGGAUUUCACAAAAGUGGGUGACUGGGCAACAAAAU